CUUAUCCAAUACCAUGGGUCCACGGAGAAGAGGAAAGCGAGUAUCGCUGGAUCGACUGUCAGCAAUCACCUUCGAUGACAGAGCAAGCGUCGACAGCAAGGAGCUAGCCACCCAGACAUUCUUCGGAAAGAAGCAAGAUGCCCUCGCCCCCGUCCCCUCGCAUGUCGCAUCUCAUACAUCUUCUGUCACAUGGAAAAGCCAAGCCAUCAAGGACAAGGAGGAGUAUGAACGAGUCAAACAGCGGGUCCGCCAUUUUGCGCCAGAGCAUUUCAAGGCCAAUGCCAGAUCGGAUCCAGGAGUCUCAGCAAUCUUUCCGCAGAAUGUCGGCGAGUGGAUGACGCACAAGAAAGAGAUGCUUGCGUUGGCCGAGGCCGAGCAACAGAAGAACUGCGAAAUGCUCAAGGAUCAGAUCGAAGCUCGCCAAAAGAUCCCCAAGUCCCAGCGCAAAAUCAAAUCCGUCUUUGGCGAGGAUGGCAAGAUCUUCAACGACGGGCUCAGCCCAGUACUGGGGUUCCCUACCAUCUGGUCAGCUGAGUACAUCGGACAAGUAGCCAAGUGGCCGAGCAAUGGGGAGCUGCAAUGGAAUGGCGACAGUCGGCAGAACCUCCUCGCAAAGACAAAGUGCGGCCGCUUUCUCCCUCCUCCUCGUGCUCCCGCCAACCCGUUGGCCCCAUUCCAAGAGCAGCCCUUUUUGAGGCAGUUGCCCCUUGACGAAGCUGGACCUAUCUUCUGCAUGGGACCCCGACCGGACGAUAUCUACGUCAACAAUGCUGACAUGGAUAGCGAUCCGCAGUUCGAGGUACUUGGCAACUUCUUCUUGGGUACAGAGCUGAUGCAGGAAGUUGGCCAAUGGAGGCCCCCUCUGGUGCCAGAAUGGCGACAGGAGCAGUUCAGGAUGGGAGAAGGAGCAAUGAUGUUCUACGAAGGAGAUGCGUUGGUCGGAACACCCGCGAUGGGCAGUGAGAUGUGGUUCGACGAGAGCAUGCAAGCUGAGAUGUGGUAUGAUGAAAGCAUGGAGCCAGAUACGUGGCAGGAAUACCCUGUGUGGUGGUGAAGGACAUUGGAUUGACUGGGCGUUUUGCUUGGAGGAGGUUCAGGAUGGUUGGCCGUCUGCAAACAAAUGCAUACGGUGAUUGUUGGUUGUUAUAAGGAACUGCUUCAGGGGAAUGCGGCUUGGUUCUUUUUCUCCUUCAGCAGGAGGCAUGGGUUUGAUUGUUUACAGGUUUCCCCACACAAGGACGCUGAACAGGAUCAGUGACGACUAUCACGACGACAUGAAUUGACG